CCAGACGCCCCCCGAAAGAUAACUUUUAGAUGAAGAAACGGUGGUGGUGCUGUGGAACCAUAAAGGAAGCCCCUGUCCCCUUCAGCAAAGAGCUAGAGGUGGACACCUGGAAGGGCCUUAUGACCCAAACAAAGGACAGGUAAAAGUCUGACAACUUGAUUUAGUAGUGAAGUAGUUCACCUAGAAAUGCAGGUGCACAGGAGGGUAGUGGCAGGAGGUCACCAGGGGUCUGUGUGACAGGUUAAGGAAUCUGGGCUAGAUCCAGAGGACAGGAGGAACCACUGAAGGUGUUUAAACAGGACAUUGGGAAGAUCCAUGAGGAAGGCAUAAGGUAAGGAGACCAGAGAUGUAGGCAUAGGCCAAUUGAGGCCCAAAAUCAGGUGGCUGGACACUGUCAUCACUGCUGUUCAGGGCUGUCCGCCAUGGGCAGCAUCCUUUGGUAUUGGCCUACCUGUGAAUUCCUUUGAUUUUGUACCUUCCUUGAAAAGACCACAUUCUGCAUGCAGUUCUGAAGAAUGGGCUGGGUUUUUACACAUUCCUGCUCACCCUGCCAACCUAGGUGCAAAAGUUGGGGCUCCUGUACCAGCACCCUAUUCUCUCUGGAGCCUGGGUUGGCCUGGCACAAAGGAUGGUAUGUGAAUGCCCAACAAACAGCAGAGACAAGUAAAGGGCCCUUCCCUCCAGGCCUCCACAAGCAGAUGUGUUCACACUGGCUGUGACUGUCCCCUCGGAGCCUCUGCCCCUUCUGAUCAGAGUCCAAACAGGUUGAUAGUUUUCUGGGCUGGCCACAGUCAAAGAUGUUUGGAAGGAGUCCAGGGAGGCCGCCCCAACUCUUGAAGCUCCCAUGCCACGCAUCUCUGAGGAUAGCUUCACCCUAGGGGGUGCUCCUGCACCUGCCACCACUUUCCUGGAGGAGCCCUGGUGCCCCUCUAGCAGCUGGAGGAGAGCAGCUUACCCCUUGUUCUCUCUGCCUUUGCAGACCCCUCCCUCCAGCCUUUGGUUAUUGAAAAAGUCCUGAAUUAAUGUCUCCCCUUCUGAAACAGUCUAGGUGUUGGAAGCACCUGGGAAAGGUCCCUGCGUGGGUGCCUGUGGAAACAGAACCCAUCCCUCCCUAACUUACCCGGAGGCCCAGGUCCCAGGAAGCUGCUCCUGCCCAUGGGAGGGGAAAGGGGACCGGGGUGCUGUGAACAUUGCCCUGGGGCAGUUAUUUGGGACCACAGGGCAACCGGGCCAAGGAUAAGCCUGUCUCCUGUUGCAUUAGAUUGUUCUCUGGGGACCUGAGCUGGGAGCCUCUGCCAGGUCUUUAAAUAGCUGCCCCACUGAUCUGGCCUCCCAGGCAGCACGGGCAGCGCUGGGUCAGCCUCCUGGGGGUUGGGGUCAAGUGCCAGGUAAUCACACCAAUUUCCCUCUGACAUGAUGCUCCCCACACGUGUCUCUUAGACCUGGGGGUGGGGAGGGAGGAGGCUUGGUCCCAUCACUUCAUCAGGCGCUGAAUAUAGCCCCCACUGCUUACCAGCGAGAAGUGUCUGGGUAUCGUGGGGUGAGUAGUAUUACCCUCAAAAGACUAUAGUUUACUUUUGGCAAAUGGGAUGAUGACAGUAUCUUCCUGCAGGAUUGUUAUGAGGAUUAAAUGUACGUAAAGUGCUUAACAGGGGACCCAGACUCAAUAGGUGGUUAUCUUCUCUUGCAGUUUCUUCCUGCUGCUGCUGCUUACAGGCUUAUGUAUAUAUAUCUUGUAUGCUUAUAUAUAUCUUACAUGCUUAUGUACAUUUUCUGCCCCCCAUCCCUAUCGCCCCACCCUGGCCUUCUGACAAAGCCACCACCAUUUUGUAAGGGACUAUAGCUUCUCCCCAAACUGAGGGGAAAGUGAGUUUUUUAGAUUGCCAGCACACAACCAACGUUAGUCACCUUAGCUCAGCUGGGGAGGUAAAGUCAAGUGAGAGGGACAGCCUAGUAACUGUUGUAGGCUCCUCCCAUCUUAUGCAUCCCAACCGCUAAAGAAGGUCACUUUCUCUUUAAAUGCAAAUUACCUCCUCCCAGCUCUACUUCCACCCGCUCGGCUCCCUAGGAGGAGAGCGCCGAUCGCGGAGGGAACGGCCCCGAAGCCUCGCUCCCGACGCCACACCUCCAGCUGAGCGAUCCUUUUGGCACAUGGCUUUGAAGACUCCCCAUGGGAAAUAGAUCCCAGAUGGCCCCCAGCCAUUCCUGGGGAGCAGGGGCUCCUGCUCCAAUUCUUCUAUCAAGUCCUUAAUUGGGCCAAGCUGCUUCAACGCAAGACGGAGGACGUGCUCCGGUCUCCCCUCCACCACACCCCCCUGGGGCUGGCCAGCCAGUGGGACCUGAGGCCCAGCCAGCAUCCAAUGGAGGACAAGAAGAAGAAAAGGAGUCCCAAGCCCUGCCUGACCCAGCCAGCCCAGGCCCCGGGAACACUACGAAGGGUCCCUGUGCCCACCAGCCACAGCGGCUCCUUGGCCCUGGGACUCCCUCAUCUGCCGUCCCCCAAGCAGCGGGCCAAGUUCAAGAGGGUAGGCAAGGAGAAAUGCCGCCCGGCGCUGGCCGGAAGCGGGGGCGGCUCUGCAGGCACGCCCCUGCAGCACUCCUUUCUGACCGAGGUGACGGACGUCUAUGAGAUGGAGGGGGGACUGCUGAACCUGCUCAAUGAUUUCCACUCGGGCCGGCUGCAGGCCUUUGGGAAGGAAUGCUCCUUUGAGCAGUUGGAGCACGUGCGGGAGAUGCAGGAGAAGCUGGCCCGGCUGCACUUCAGCCUGGAUGUGUGCGGGGAGGAGGAGGAGGAGGAGGAGGAGGAGGAGGACGCGGUCACCGAGGGGCUGCCCGAGGAGCAGAAGAAGACGAUGGCUGACCGAAACCUGGACCAGCUGCUCAGCAAUCUGGAAGAUCUUAGUAAUUCUAUACAGAAGUUGCACCUGGCCGAGAACGCCGAGCCUGAGGAGCAGUCAGCUGUGUAGGUGUCGGACCCAGGCCCAGACUGCCCCUCUCAUUCCCUUCAAACUGUGACCUUUUAUGGACUCGAUCGGGUAUUCCGCGGCUCCCCAGGUGCUACGGGGGAGGGGGGCACUGGAUGGCAUUAAACCAGAAAAAAA